CCACGUAACAUCCAACUCGUCACCGCAGACUCACUCGGGCUUCUACGAUUAUUAUCUCAUUUACCGGUGUAGGGCCUGCACGCGUCCAUCGAACAGCCAAAGGGCCAUUUUUCGCGGAUUAUCUUGUUUUUUUUUUUUUUAGUGUGGAUACCACGAGUUAUCGUCAACCACCAGAUAAAAUAUUAGUGAAAUGACAACGACAACUGGGGAGCCGUCAACUCUCAAAAACCCGUCGACCCUCUCCGGGGGUGAUUUAGUCUCUCGAUUACUCGCAGCAACACCUCCGUAUCUCUACAAUGUCCCUCUGACACCCCACAGUUUUUUCUUCAGCGAGAUGCUCAGGUCGUUUGUCCAGGCAAAGUCCGAGACGGCGACGACCUCGACGGCCCCGACGCCCGUCAACCGCCGACGGAAGAGAUCGUGGCGCGAUGCCAGAGACAGACCCCUCGAGCUCACGACCAAAGAAAAAACACACGAGUCUCAUUCCGAGAAGUACUUCCACCAGGAUUUAACGGAGAACAGAUUCAAACCCGAGGCUUUUGAGUCCGAGCUGAAGCCCCCGGGGUACGAGGAGAAUAAAAAUUUCAACGACGUCCUCAAGCCUCCGGACGAGAGUCCCACGGACUUCGUGAAACAACCGCGGAAUUUCUACGACGACUCCUCGAGGCUCUUCGGGGCAGAUCGCAUCACCCACGAGAUCUUCCCGAGUCAGAAGAUCAAACCAGAGGAGCAGAUGACUCCCCCAAACGAUCGGAAAUACGAGGAACGUCAGAAGAUAAAUCCAGACUUGUCAUUUUCCCAGGAACCGAAGAACAAACUCGAUUUUUCAGCGAGGAAUUUCGUUCCUGGUCUGGGAUCUCGCCCGGAGGAGCUUUCAGGAACUCCGAAGAAUUUCCUCCCACCAGCGGUACCGAACCCGGACUUCCUGCCGAGUCCUCUGUGGUACCCACCUUAUCCCCUGCCCCAAUCCUACCCUGGAAUCGAUCCUCUUCAUUUUUUCAUCGACCUGCGUGUCUCUGGACACAUCUGGGACAGAAAACUCAGCGAGAGACAGGCACCCUUCAAAAGCAAACACUGCUCGGCAUUCAGUGUUCCUCAGGCCAAGGAAUUCAACAGGCCCCUGAAUUUAACGAGGGACGAGGCCAGCACCUCCAAGAAAUCCCAAGAGAACUCUCGUGGAACGCAUUUCAUUCUGAAGAAUCUCAUGAGGACGUAUAAGGGCAUCAAGGACGUGGCAAUCAGGGCUAGGGAGGACAAGGGAAGAGACCAACGAGAUUGUGAAUCCGUCGAUGAUGCAUCCAAGGAAGACGCGAUGUUGUCUCCGUCUUGUCAUGACGAAGAUAAUCGAAAAGAUAUUCGAGCUCUCAUCGGUCUCGAACUCGUUGUCGAUUAUGUUAAGGAACCCAAGGAAGAACCCGCCCAGUCACCAAAGACCGAGUGAAAUCAUUAAUAAAUACCAAUUCACGUCUUCAAAAUAUUUUUAUCAUUAAUUCUCCCAUCCCUCCGAAAUAUUCGUGGAGUGUACAACGAAUUAAUCAUGAAACAAUCCGUGAAUUAUCUUUUCACCAAUGAAAAAAAAACAAAUAAUCGACUUACUCAUCAGUUGUUGGCUUCAUUUGUCUUUUGUAAAAUAUAAAAUUGUAAAUAAUUACUAGACUAGAUAUCUCACGGCAUUUUCAAUGUCUGUAUACUGAAUAAUGAAUCAAAUAUAAAAAAAAAAAAACGGUGUAGCAAGGUAUCAACUGUGUAA